UAACUUUUUCCGUUUGUUACGUACUGAGGUAUGAUCAGCCCUUCGUGUGCUUCUGGUCUUUGUUCAGACAUAGGCUGCUCGUAGUUACCUUAUUUUAUUUGUUGGGAGCAAGGGCUCGUUGAGGACAUAACAUCUAAAGGCAAUGAUUUCGAAAGGCAGCUCGUGCGGUACCCUUUGUCUUGGGAAAUAAGGAUAUGGUGAUUCCCGACUUCUGUCUGCACGACCGAUGUGUUGAUCACCUGCUUAAGCGUUGCUUCCAGUGGCGGUGGGAAAUGCUGGUGGUGUGUUGGAGAGCCCAUUAGGGCAGAGGUCUGUCCAGAGGGACGCAGAAGCCCCUUCAGUUUCUGGAUUCAGUGCAAGUAACCACGUUACCAGUUAUCAGAGGUGGCACCUGCAGCCAUUGAAAUGAUCUCCCACUGUACCCCACUUUCAGAAUGAGUUACCUCCUGAGUCAGGGACAGCUUACCUGCUAGUUUCUUCCCAUCUUCCUUCUAGUAGAGGAGGAGAGGAUAUCAGAAGUUUAAUGGAAAAUGUUUCUGUGAGGGUGGCAAUAGGACACUCCAUCUGUUUUUCUGAGCCCCUAGAGAAGAUGGAAAAACAGGGUUGGCAGAAUGGUUGAUGGUGGUACAUGUUGUAUGUCAGUAAAUGAAAGCCAGCUCUUUUAAGAAGAGGAAUGAAGAGUUGUAGUUACUCAAAGCAUGUGUGUGAUUUAAAUGAGCAAAAAGCUGUCUGAUCAGAAUUACAAGUAGCUUGUUAUAGAAUAUCUGACUUGAACAAACUUGUGAAAUAGUCAUAGAAUGUUUCAGAUGUUCACAGAAUAUUCUGUGUUGGAAGGGACCCACAAAGAUCAUCAAGUCCAACUCUGAAGUGAAUGGGCCGUACAGGGAUUGAAUCCACAACCUUGGGAUGAUUAGCACCAUGCUCUAACCAACUGAACCAACCCACUCCCCCAGACUCCUAGGACAAGGCAUCUAAAUUGUUAGUGGGCUUAUAAACGUGCUUAACUUUAUAAGUGUUGACUGGUGGAACUGCAGGCAAAUAAAGGUGCAAGGAAGCAGUUGGGAUGAAUUGAGACUGGAAGUAAGAAGGGAUUUCUUAAUUGGACAAAGGAAUAAGAGCCCAAAGCAUGCAGCCUGCAGGGAUGGAAGUGAAAGAGAUCUAGUGUGAAACAGCCAAGGGGGUGGGGGGGGAAGGUAACUAUUUCUGGAACAGAGAAAUGGGUAUUAGAAAAAUAUAUACUUGAAACAUUGGCACGGCACCAAGGCUACCAGAGUUCAAGAAGCAUUUGGACGAUGUUUUCAGGCACAUGGUGUGAUUUUUGGGAUUGCCCUCUUCAGAGCCGGGAGUUGGAGUGGAUGAUCCAUGUGGUUCCCUUCCAACUCGGGAUAUUCUGUGAUUUGUAGACUCUUGUGGCACAUACUUAAGCUUAUAAUCACUAAAUUGUUGAUGCUAACAUUCCUACAAAUGUUCACUCUAUAUUAUAAUGUAUAUAACAUGUACAAGUUACAUUUAUUUUACACUCAGAAAAAACAUGAAUGUAUGUAAAAUAAAUGACUUGUGCUUCUUCAGUUUUUCAGUAGCUCCCAGAAAAUGCAACUAGUACUGGGGUGCUGCUGUUCUGAUUGCUGAAUGUAUGUGUGAACUGAGAUACAAAUUAAAGAGGCAAACAAACAUCCAGGUGUGGGGGUUUUUUUGUUGUUUGUUUGGUUUUUUCUUAAAUAAUUAUCUUUAAAUGUGACACAAAGUAACAAAACAGCCUUUGACAUUCGUAUUCUGUUUAGAAGUAGAAUGGUUGAACUAUACCAUGAUUGUAGUGUAAGAUAUUUUGGCAGUCAUUACAUAGAAAGAAAAAUGAAAUUCUGCAGAAAGAUUUAUUUCCUCCUUUAUAGCGAAGGGAGUAAUAUCCUGUAGUAAUAUAAUAGCCUAGCUUGAGGACACAGUUAUUUUGAGAUUAGAAGCUUAAUGUGUAUGUUGGUUAAAAGCAGAUGGAUGCUGAAAUUGGGACCUGACACUGUAGUGGUGCAAAAUAGAGAAGACUCAUAGGAUCUGAAACUUUAUAAUAUGACUCUGGAGGGCUUUUUCCCCUCUUGAUGAGCACAGCCUAUAUGUAGAAAAUAAAACACAACUGUUGGGUUUUCCAUUUUUUGUAGCCUGCUUUUGAGCUUAUUGUAGUGAAAUUAAGGCUGUCUGCAGAUUAUGUGAAAUGCUAAAUAGGGCCACAGUGAAGUCUGUUUGGCUUCAUGGCACCUGGGAGAGGGCAGUGUCAGUGGCUGGGCUUUCCUGUCUGUGGAGCAAUGCCUUUGUUUUUUAAGGUGCUGUCCUUCUCUUGCAUGGGAGGCACGACUUCAGGAUGAAGUUUGUUCUCUAUUUCUUAGCAGGCUUGCAACAUUUCUGAGAACAUGGGGAUUUUCUCUUCAAAUUAUUUUUUUUUCUUUUUCAGUCCUCCUUUCUGAAUCUGCUACCAUCGCAGAUUCCUGGCUCCGUUGGAGAAUGCCAUGUGAAGCUAUUUUUGACUGAUCAGAGAAUUACUGUAGGAGGAACAAAAGACAGUGCUGAGAGAGAAGUGGUCCCAAGGGGCCUUGAGAAGAAAGGGAUGGAAUUCAGAUUAGUAGCCUCCAAAAAAAUCCUGCUGUAGAAGAGGUGAAAAAUAAGACUAUAAAAGAACAAAGGUCACACUGGAAGAGGCACAGGCAGGCAUGCUUGAAAGCUGAAGAAAACGAACCCUGUCUUUGUCAUAGUGAAGGUACAAGUAGGCUGAGUGCUGCUCAUGUCUCAUUGCAAGCUGUGCAGUCUUUAAGGACAAGAUAAACAACUGCUGCAGGACACGUGGAUAGGUUUUUUGUCAAAUAAGCCAAAAGAGAAGCCCAAAGUCAAGAGGCAACAUAGUGGACCUGAAUGAAAAGGUGAACGUACUCUUGUGGAAAGUGGAAGGGGUGACUGCUUCUGGGAGUGUGUUGACAUGGAGGAAGCUGAGUGGCCACCUUGUUCUUACACUUGCCUCUGUAUUACUCUUCUGGAACAGCUCAUGUGAUAUGAGGAACAUCACAGACCCAUCGAGGACUCGGAGCAUGGCCAUGAGCAGCGUCAGUGACUCUGUGGUUCUGAGCAAUGGCAGCAUCUUGUCAAAUGCCACUGGCACAGGUAUUGUUGCAGCUAAUGAUGGAGACGCCACAGCCCAGCAACUCCCAUCCAAGGAAACCCCAAGAACAAAACCAAGUCCAAACGGCUGCCUGCAGCUUAAUGGUACAAUCAAACCGUCCUUUCUGCCUUUAGACAACCAAAGAACUCAGCAGAUGUUGUCGCAGUGCUGCCACCCUUGUCCAUACCAUCAUUCUUUAAGUAGCCAUAAUAGCAAGCAAGAAUGUAAUUCAGUGGUUGGCAGCUCAGCACCAUCUCCCAUGACUUCGUGCUGCAUGCAGCCACACACUGAGUAUUCAGCAUCUAUUUGCCAAAAACACAACCCCGUCUAUCAGCCUACCUGUUGUCUUCAGCCCUCCCCAUCCUUCUGCCUUCACCAUCAGUGGCCUGACCAUUUCCAGCAUCACCCUGUGCAGCAGCACAUAGCCAGGAUAAGGCCUGCCAGACCGUUCAAGUUACCAAAAAGCUAUGCCGCGCUAAUCGCCGACUGGCCUGUGGUGGUCCUGGGCAUGUGCACUGUGUUAAUUGUGGUGUGUGCCCUGGUUGGAAUAUUAGUUCCAGAUCUUCCAGAUUUCUCUGAUCCACUGCUUGGUUUUGAACCAAGGGGGACAGCCAUAGGACAGAGGCUGGUCACGUGGAAUAAUAUGGUGAAAAACACAGGGUAUAAAGCAACACUUGCAAACUAUCCUUUCAAAUAUGCAGAUGAGCAAGCUAAAAGUCAUCAAGAUGACAGAUGGUCAGAUGAUCACUAUGAAAGAGAGAAGAGGCAAGCAGACUGGAACUUCCACAAGGAUACCUUUUUCUGUGAUAUUCCAAGUGAUCGCUAUUCACGAGUGGUGUUUACAUCAACAGAAGGAGAGAAUUUGUGGAAUUUGAAUGCAAUUAAGUCAAUGUGCAAUGUAGAUAACUUGAGGAUCAGAUCCCAUUCCCAGUUUGGUGACCUUUGCCAGAGAGCCACUGCUGCUUCGUGCUGUCCCAGCUGGACACUGGGCAACUAUAUUGCUAUUCUGAACAACAGGUCAUCGUGUCAAAAAAUCGUAGAACGGGACGUCUCUCACACCCUAAAGCUGCUUCGCACAUGUGCCAAAUACUACUACAAUGGAACCCUGGGGCCGGACUGCUGGGAUAUGAAUGCCAAAAGGAAGGACCAACUCAAGUGUACAAACGUGCCUCGCAAAUGUACCAAGUACAAUGCUGUUUACCAGAUCCUUCACUACCUAGUGGACAAGGAUUUUCUAAGCCCAAAGACAGCUGACUAUGUUUUACCAGCUUUAAAAUACAGCAUGCUCUUCUCCCCGACGGAGAAAGGGGAAAGCAUGAUGAGUAUUUACCUAGAUAACUUUGAGAACUGGAACGCUUCUGAUGGUGUAACAACCGUCACAGGGAUUGAGUUUGGAAUAAAACAUAGGUUGUUUCAAGAUUACCUGUUGAUGGAUACUGUGUAUCCUGCCAUAGCCAUUGUAAUUGUUCUGUUAGUUAUGUGUGUGUACACGAAGUCCAUGUUUAUCACGCUGAUGACCAUGUUUGCAAUAAUUAGUUCCUUGAUUAUUUCUUAUUUUCUCUAUCGGGUAGUAUUUCAUUUUGAGUUCUUUCCAUUCAUGAAUCUCACAGCAUUAAUUAUCCUUGUUGGGAUUGGAGCAGAUGAUGCUUUUGUCUUAUGUGACGUUUGGAACUACACAAAGUUUGAUAAACCUCAUGCUGGAACCUCUGAGACAGUGAGCAUCACGCUGCAGCACGCUGCUCUUUCCAUGUUUGUCACGAGUUUUACAACCGCUGCUGCCUUCUAUGCUAAUUACGUCAGCAAUAUCACAGCAAUCAGGUGUUUUGGUGUUUAUGCUGGCACUGCCAUUUUGGUGAAUUAUGUUUUGAUGGUCACAUGGCUGCCUGCUGUAGUUGUGUUACAUGAACGAUACCUUCUCAAUAUUUUCAGUUGCUUUAAGAAACCUCAGCAGAGGGUAUACAACAACAAAAACUGCUGGACAGUGUUGUGCCAAAUGUUCCACAAGAUUAUUUUUGCAGUUUCGGAAGCAUCCAGGAUAUUUUUUGAAAAAGUUUUGCCAUGCAUUGUAAUCAAAUUUCGAUAUAUUUGGCUUUUCUGGUUCCUUGCCUUAACAAUUGGUGGAGCAUAUAUCGUGUGUGUGAAUCCAAAGAUGAAACUGCCAUCGCUGGAGCUCUCUGAGUUUCAGGUAUUUAGGUCUUCCCACCCAUUUGAGCGAUAUGAUGCAGAAUACAAAAAGCUUUUUAUGUUUGAACGUGUCCACCAUGGAGAGGAGCUCCACAUGCCCAUUACAGUAAUCUGGGGUGUGACACCUGAGGAUAAUGGUGACCCUUUAAACCCUAAAAGCAAAGGAAAGCUGCAGCUAGAUACCAGUUUUAAUAUCGCUAACCCAGCCUCACAGGUUUGGAUUUUACGUUUCUGUCAGAAGUUAAGAAACCAAACCUUUUUUUAUCAGACUGAAGAACAAGACUUCACAAGCUGCUUCAUUGAAACAUUUAAGCAGUGGAUGGAAAAUCAAGACUGUGAUGAGCCAUCUCUUUACCCCUGCUGCAGCCACUGGAGCUUUCCAUACAAACAAGAAGUUUUUGAAUUAUGUAUCAAGAGAGCUAUAAUGGAGCUAGAAAGAAGCACAGGGUACCAUUUAGACAGCAAAACCCCAGGACCUCGCUUUGACCUUAAUGACACCAUCAGGGCCGUGGUGUUGGAGUUCCAAAGCACCUACCUCUUUACCCUGGCUUAUGAGAAAAUGCAUCAGUUCUACAAAGAGGUGGACUCAUGGAUUUCAAAUGAGCUUAGUUCUGCUCCCGAAGGUCUUAGCAAUGGUUGGUUUGUGAGUAACCUCGAAUUUUAUGAUCUUCAGGACAGUCUUUCUGACGGUACUCUGAUUGCCAUGGGUCUUUCAGUUGCUGUUGCAUUUAGCGUAAUGCUUCUUACCACUUGGAAUAUAAUCAUAAGCCUCUAUGCAAUAGUUUCAAUAGCCGGAACUAUUUUUGUCACUGUAGGUUCUCUGGUUCUUCUGGGAUGGGAGCUAAAUGUGUUAGAAUCUGUCACCAUUUCGGUGGCUGUUGGCUUAUCAGUGGACUUUGCUGUUCAUUAUGGAGUGGCUUAUCGCUUAGCGCCUGACCCUGACCGAGAGGGAAAAGUAAUUUUUUCUCUGAGCCGUAUGGGUUCUGCUAUUGCAAUGGCUGCCUUGACCACAUUUGUAGCCGGAGCAAUGAUGAUGCCCUCGACAGUGCUGGCGUACACGCAGCUUGGCACUUUUAUGAUGCUUAUAAUGUGCAUUAGCUGGGCUUUUGCAACAUUCUUCUUCCAGUGCAUGUGCCGAUGCCUCGGACCCCAGGGCACUUGUGGCCAGAUCCCACUACCAAAAAAAUUGCGGUGUAAUGCCUUCUCUCAGACCUUUUCAGGAGGCCAAGGAGGCAGAGGUCAAAAUAAAUCACAUCCUGUUAGCAAGUAUCAGCUGGACUCCAGAAGUCAAAAACCAGAAAUGGAGCAUGAGCACUAUGAGCUUGAGCCCCUGGCGUCACAAACCGGUAUCUGCAACCCUGCAGAGAAGGUGACGUACGAAGAAACUCAUAUCUGCUCAGAGCUCUUCAGCAGCAGGCCCCAAAACAUGUGUGUGCCAAUGCAUCCAGCCUAUAACAGUGAAGUGAGUAAAAGCAUAAAAAACGUUGCUGGUUCAGCUGUGCUGCAGACUUCUAUUGACCAACACACCAUAUGCCCAGUUUUCUCUCAAAACAGGCAGUGCAGCUGUCCUGAUGCAUAUAAGCAAGUGGCAGCGCAGUGGAGUCCACACUCAUGUCACCAGUUAAGUGACACCUUCUGUUACCAGUGUUCUCCUUCUCCGGGAACUGUACAGAUCCAGAGUUCUGUAGCUCCUAUAAAUGCUUUACAGCAAGCUACCGAAGGUUAUGUACAUCCAGUCCAGCAUGUCCUCCACUGCAGUUGCCUUCAAGGAAGGCUCAAAAGAACGAUGACACAGAACUCUCUGCCUAAAAAUUUUUUCCUCCAGUCCAUGCAACAGUUUCAGGCACAUCAAAGAAUAAACAGGACCGAUACACACGCUCAUCAAAACCCGGAGGAGAACGUAAGAACUGUUCCAAAGGUGAUGAGCUCCUCGCAGUUUCUCUGCCGAAACGCAGGACCUCUAAUAGUGCGUUGCUCUGAAUGUGAGAACAGCAUCUCAAAUAACCAAAAGGGAUUCUGUCAGCGGACAGACAAGUGUGAUGAAAAAGGUGGUACAGAAGCGAAUGGGGUUGAAAGCAAGAAAGCCUCUCUGUCCAAGCAGAAAAAGAAAGCUGAGAGCAAGAUAGAUCAGCAUUCUUUGCAGAAUGAGCAGGUUUUGAAGGCCGACCAAAAUGAUAAAAAGCACCUGCUGAGUAGGUCAGUGAGAGAGGCUCGCCACGAGGGUUGCCGUGAAAGUUCACACUGUUGUAGCAAGGCUAUCGCAGUGAAGUGCAAUUCUGUUGACUGUCAAAUGCCAAACAUCGAAGCCAAUGUGCCUCCUAUGUUAAUGCGCCCAGAACUUUCCAAUGAAAGUUUGUUAAUAAAAACACUAUAAUAAACCUUUAA